CAACGAUGUGUGCCGCUGCCUUUCCUCAUAACAGCCAUCCCUCAAGAUUCUCUCCAUUUAAAUCAAUGCAUUAUCAGGGACUGUAACAUCUAGUCCUUUUACUGAAUCUGAUUCACUAACUGUCCUCCAUCUGUCCCCAUCUUCUCGACACACUCUCUUCACUCGUACAGUCCUGUUCUCCUUCAUUAGUAUCUACCCUCACUUUCAGCCUUUGUCACUUCUUACUUUGCUGUACAUCUGGCCUCCCAUCACCUACUUUAAUCAUCUCCCUGAUGAUCCCACUUUUUCUUCACUAACCUCUUUCUUUGAAUCAUUUCCUAUACUUGCUCAUUCAUCUGGUAACUCUUACCACCCAGAGCCUGUCUCGGCAUCACGCUUAACUCAACAUUCCUCCUUCUUCUGCUUCCAACAUUUAAUCCUUGCCCCCACCUUCGCUCGCUGCCUUUUCUCGACUUCCAAAGCCGUCAUACAGACUGCUAUCCGAUGCUGCCUACAUCUACAUCUACAUCCUCCCCAGAGAGCAACCUGCUCUCUCCUGUCGCUUUCAGUUUGCACUUCCUGACUAAGUUGUAGUCCACCAGUGUGCACCUCCCUACUCUCCUCUGUCACCCCGUCUGUCACAGCUAUCGCUUUGGUUUUCACAAAAUCCACGACCACCAUUUCUCUCCCUAGCACCAUACUUACCCAACAGCCCCUCAUCACCACUGUUCCCUUCACCUACACGUUCAUUAAAGUCUUCUGAUCCAGUCUACCAGUCAACCAUGAUCCAGUCUAGUUACCCCUACUCCAUUUCUACAUCUACGCCAUGAUGAACAACUUGACUCCACCUCCAGAGCUCCCACCCUUGCUUCUCUUCCACCUGGUCUCCUGCACACACACCUUAUCUACCUUCCUCUUCUCCAUCAUAUCAGCCAGGUCUCUCCCUUUACCAGUCGUAGUCCCUGCAUUUAAAGCCUCUAGUCUAACCUCCACACUCCCGCUUUUCUUUCCUUCUCUGCCUCUGAAUCUUCUUCCAUUACUCUUAUUUUGUCUUCAGUCAACAGUAACACCUUCUAAUGUGGGCCAACAACAUCAGAUGCAGUCAUUGUUAACUCUUCCCCAGCCGAUCCAGUAUGGAAAUCCUAAUCUUCCGUGAUGUAUUUGGCAAAGAUUUUCCACCAGAUGCCCUUCCUGACAAAACCCUCCACAUUUAUCCAGGCUUGGACCCGGAGCUAGCAGUACACUGGCAGUAAACUAUUAUGUUAGCCAUUAUACCAACAAUGAGAAGAUCCAUUUGGGUAAUUUGUAUCUUCAUUAUUAAAUGAGAAAAAACACUAAUACAUAUAAGGUUUGCAGUAGGCUGUGUGACCUUGUGCUCAUUUCAAGAAUUCAACUGAAAGAACAUUUUCUCACAAAAGCCACUAAAAAAACACUUAAAAAAAACUUGCACAGUUGUUGGUGUUAAAGAUAGUCACUGCUCUUUUUUUAGAACCUUCAGAUAGAUAGAUAGCUGCUGCUGACAGACAGUUUUAGCACAAAAGGUGCAAAAUAUUCAGCCGAAUUCCACUGUAAGCAACCCGGGCUUAUCAAGUGACUGAGAAUAAUGGAACCCCACCUGACAUGCAUGCUCUGUGUGCCUAAAUAAAAAAGUCCAGUAAUCCCUUAAGCCAAUAAAGACAGGACACAGACGCAGAGACGAAGGACAGAAGUCAAACACGCUCGUGUGGGCGUGGAGAGCAUUUGCCCUUCCUAAAUGCGCUGCAGUGAUUCAGCACUCAGAAAACGGAAAGCUUACAGUGAUGCAUGAAGGCGAAGAGUGCGAAGAGGUGAUUCUUUCUCGCACGGAAGAUUGCGAAACUAUAAAAUUUGAAAGGUGCAGUACCUGCAUUUAUGUUGCUCUGAAGGCAAACAAACAACCUCAGUUUGCUGUGAAGAUAAUGAUAUUCAGAUGCUUUGGGCAGAUGAGCAAAGUUCAACUGCAAUGGAAAGUAAAUGUGUUUACUAAAAUAAUGUUUACCAUUUCUACGUCACUGUGUGUCACCAGUUUACUGCGUAAUGUUGUUGUUUAAGGAUCAGUAACAAGCACUCGUAUUUGGGAAAAUAUAAAAACUCGAAGGGAUAAAAUUUUGCUUUAUUAUCCAUAUAAACGUCCUUCUGAUUAGUUAUUGACUCUUUUAAUAUUGAGGAACAGCUGUGUACAUUCUUAAACCAAAGGAAAUCUCGUCUUCCUCUUUUGCCACUUAAAAGCAGAAAUUCUUGAGCUGUGGAGACAUGCAAGGAGACAACACGCAUUACAUUACAAAACUAUAAGAAGAAUUUAGGUUUUAUAAGCUCGCACUGAACUCUUCGACUUUCACUCUGUCUUAACUUGAAGAACUUAAUUACCUAACCACACACUUUUACAGUUGUCUUUGUUCUUACUACUUGUCUUUCUUAAUAUUCUCAGUAUUUCUUACUUUGUUAUAACCUGUGAAUAAAACAGGAUCAAGAAUAGAGGCUUUUUAGUUGUUCACAUUGUUUUUUGGGGGGGUUACCUCAAAAUAAAAUUUUACAUAAUUCUGAAACUUAACUACCAAUCUACAUGUGAGGGAAAUCUAGGUUUUAGAAAUGAGAAGCGACCACAGUGGGAUUUUUGUGUGGAAAACGGUCGGGAAGCACAUGACAAAGCGUAUCACUAGAUAUUCCCCACCCUUAGCUAGCGGUGUUUUGUGUUUUGAAAGAUUCCCAUCAUGUGUUUCGUGUGAAGCUCUAUGCCUGGAAGAACUUUGAAUUCCAGACAGGAUCACUUUAUUUGAAAGUUCAUCUUGGGGAUAUGGUGCUUUUCCUCGAGUUAACUCUUAAUGCGCUGUUCAUUAAAAAUGCAACACAGUGGCUUUUGUGUACUGCUCUUGAAUAGGGAUGGCUCUUAUCAGCUGCCUGAUCAAGUGAUGCAUUAAAUGCGAUAUUGGGGGGGAAAAAAAGAAGCUUUUUAAAAAAGAAACUUUUUUCUUUCUGUUUUUUGUCAUUCUCUCUCUUUCUCCAUCGAGUGUAGUCAGGCCUUUAUCAAGUCGAGUCUUCUAAUUGCUGAGGUGAAAUCCUCUUAGGAUCUGCACUCUAUUUCUGUUCGGUCUACAGGGUUGCUUUUGAAAUCUCCAUUAGACCAAUUUCAUUGGCUGGAAUAGACACACGCAUGCACGCAAAAACACACACCGUCCAGCAACAGAUAGCUCAGUGAAGUGACCGAGUGGAGAUCAGUGCAAGGUUAUCUGCUGCUACAAAGGGAGGACCUCACUGUGACCGUGGGAGUGGCCACUUUCAUCAGGUCAUUCUUCAAGCAGUAGCUUUAAGGACUUACAGCAAGCACCUAACCAACCAGGAAAAUGUCUGAGCAACUGAUUGACUUGGAAGAGACCGCGACCCACACAGGCCCCAAAGGGGUGAUCAAUGACUGGAGGAGGUUUAAGUUGGAGAGCAUGGACCAAGAAAACUUGAAUCCUGCAAAAAGGGAACUGCUGAGACAAAUGUCAUCCCCCAGCAGAGCAAAAGAUACCUCCAGAGCAAACCUUAACCGCAAGAUGAGUGUCCAAGAGUACGAACUGCUUAAGGAGGAGGAUGAAGGAUGUCUAAAGAGCUACAGAAAGCGGUGCAUGCAAGAGAUGCAUGACAAGCUCAGCUUUGGGCCAAAGUUUGAAGGCGUGUAUGACCUGGACAGUGGAGAGGCUUUCCUAGAAGUUAUUGAAAAGGAGCAUCACAGCACGGUUGUGGUUGUGCACAUCUACAAGAAUGGGAUUAAAGGCUGCGAGGCACUCAACAGCUGCCUUGACUGCCUGGCCACUGAGUAUCCCACCGUAAAGUUCUGCAGGAUUGACGCCGUCGCCUCCGGUGCCGCCGAGCGCUUCUCGGAUGAAUAUUUACCCACACUGCUCGUGUACAAAGCUGGAGAGCUACUGGGAAACUUCCUGUCCUGCACACAGCAUCUAAAUGAAGAAUUCUUUGCUACUGACGUGGAGGGUUUCCUCAACAGCUACGGCCUGUUGCCAGAGAAAGAGCUGCCUCAGAUGGAAGACGAUGAAGAGAACGACAUAGAGUAAAUGAAGAGUUUGGCUGCUGAUGAAGAACCGAAGGAAGAGAGAUCUAAAAAAGACAGUUACAUUAAUAUAUGAAAAUAUUCCACUGGGUUUCAAUAAAUAGGCGAGCGUAACAUCUCCACCAGCGCUCUAGUGUUUUGGGAUUGUUAUCUAAAGGAAAAAAUUGACAUCCGGUUGAUGACGAAACAUCAGUGACUCAUAUAUGGGCGGAUAUGGGGGUGACAGUUACGGUAAUGUGAGAAGAGCAGCUUUUAUUAAUAGAAUAUAUAUAUAAGUAUAUAUAUUUAGAGAGAGAGAGAGAGAGAGAGCACAACUCCCCUCACCACUACCCUGAUACAAGCCAAAACUGUAACAUUGACUGCAACGCUGUAUCUACUUGUAAAAAUAAUGAUUAAUAGGGUUUUUUUGUAGUUUUUAUAUUUGAUUCGAUUGAGGUUUACACAGGAUGCUUGUAAAAAAUCAGGGUUUGUACAAACAGACAUCCCCAAAUGUGUUACACGUGUAUAUUUGAUGUAUCCCUGGUGCUCUGAACAUUUAAAAACAGAGGAAGUAAGAAAAAGAUCAACUUUUCGCAGCUUCAUUUUCAUCACUUUGAUCAUAGAUGGGUUCAUUCAUGUCUGCGCAGGUCAUACUGUGAAUUGGAAACAAAUGGAGGGAGUCACAAAAAAGGAAAAGGUUAAUGUUGGGGUGCCUGUGUGUAAUCUUACCCCACAAAGUCAUGGCUCAGCAAAGUGUCAACAUUGUUGCAUUUAAAGUUGCUCACAUCAGGUUUCCCUUUAACCUUUGUAUUAGUAUUUAAGUAAACAUACUCCUGUCAGUCAUAAUAACAAUAAUAAUAAAAAAUCGAAUGUU